AUGGGCACAUCCUCAAGAAGACAUCGACGAUCAAAGGUCAUCCGGGUCGUAAACCUUGUCAAACGGAUUAUCGCCUUUUUUUUCUCUCAUGUUGGACUUUGCGCUUUGGUAAUCGGUUACACGAUGUUGGGCGCGUUCAUCUUCAAAUACGUUGAAGGGCCGCAUGAGAGAAGAGUGCAAAAUGAGGUGGACAAAGAACGGCAACGAACAAUCGAUAUUGCUUGGAAUGCAACAUUUCGGGUGAAUCGGCUCAACGAGGAACAGUGGAAACGAAUCGUUCACUCUCAGAUUAAAUCCUUUCGUGCCACCUGUUACAACGCUAUUCGGAAUGGAUAUGAUGGGAAAAUGUUUACCCCGCAAUGGACAAUACCCGGUGCUUUCAUGUAUUCCCUGACAAUCAUCACUACAAUUGGCUACGGUAACACUUCGGCGAAGACUUCACCGGGCAAAGUAUUAACAAUCAUGUACGCGAUUAUCGGCAUCCCACUCAUGCUUCUCUUUCUCACCAAUAUCGGUGAUGUGUUGGCUAAAAUCUUUCGUUUCUUAUAUGCUCAAAGUAUUCGCCUCAAGUUCAGAAUUAUCUUGUGGCACAAAAAGAGAAAAGCAGCAAAGAUUCGAAGAGCUAACUCACUGGUUUCACGAUUGACAAGAGGACAUCGUGUAAAGACCGAUUCAAGUGUCGACUCAUUGGGACAUAAUGGCUAUAUUGGUGGGCCAGAUGUCGAGGAUUUAUUGACAGCACAAGCACAAAUGGAAGAGCUUGAAGUUAAGGAAAUCGUUCAACAACAACUCGACAAAGUCUCCGUCCCAUUAUCGCUCGUUUGUCUCACCAUGUUGGCUUAUCUGUUCCUUGGCACAAUUAUUUUUCAUAUUUGGGAAGGCUGGGAUUUGGUUGAUAGUUUCUACUUUUGCUAUAUUUCACUUACAACAAUUGGUUUCGGUGAUAAAUUCCCCGGCGAAUCGCUCAGUGAAAAAGAAGAUGGACGGAACAAACUCGUUAUUACUUCAAUAUAUUUGCUUUUUGGGAUGGCUUUAUUGGCUAUGUGUUUCAAUUUGGCACAAGAAGAGGUGGCUAAUAAAACGAGAUGGCUGGCUUCGAAAUUUCGAAGACAAAAAAGCGAAGACGAUGAC